AAAAAAAAAAAAAAAUCCCUUCGCCGCUGUGCCCGCUGCUCUCAGCGCCGAUCCGCAGCGGAGUUGCCGGCGGAGAGGCGGGUGGUGCCGGGGGGCCAGCUCCAGGGCAGCUCGCCGUCAGCCAUUCAGGAAAGCCAUCAAGGCGCGGACGAACAGCCGGGGAACGCCGCGGCCGCGGGCGGCGCGGGGCGGCGGGCGGCGGGGCCGUGAGGGAAGAACAAAAAUGCCAUCAGCGCAAAAGCCGAUGCGGUACGGACACACAGAGGGACACACGGAUGUCUGCUUCGAUGACAGCGGCAGCUGCAUCGUAACGUGUGGCAGUGAUGGAGAUGUUAGGAUUUGGGAAAACCUGGAUGAUGAUGAUCCCAAGUCCAUUAAUGUUGGAGAGAAGGCUUAUUCAUGUGCUCUGAAGAAUGGCAGAUUGAUCACAGCGGUAUCAAACAACGCUGUUCAGAUCCAUACAUUUCCUGAAGGAGCUCCAGAUGGCAUCCUUACUCGUUUUACCAUGAAUGCAAACCACGUUGUCUUUAACAGUGACGGUACCAAAAUUGCUGCUGGAUCUAGUGACUUCAUGGUCAAAGUAGUGGAGGUGGCUGAUAGCAGCAAGCAGAAAACGUUCCGAGGACAUGAUGCUCCUGUUUUAAGCCUGGCUUUUGACCCCAUGGAUAUUUACCUGGCAUCAGCAAGCUGUGAUGGUUCUGUCAGAGUAUGGAAAGUGGAAGAUCAGACAUGUGUGACAAGCUGGCUGCUGCUGCAGAAAUGUAAUGAUGUGAUAAAUGCUAAAUCAAUAUGCAGGCUUGCCUGGCAACCUGGCAGCGGCAAGUUGCUGGCAAUUCCUGUAGAUAAAGUUGUUAAACUGUACAGAAGGGAAACCUGGGAUAAUCAAGUUGAUCUAUCAGACACUUCCAUCACACAGCCCUUGAAUGUUGUGGUGUGGUCUCCUUGUGGUCAGUACCUGGCGGCUGCAACAGUGAAUGGGAGUAUAGUGGUGUGGAAGGUGAAAAGCCAGGAGUGCAUAGAGAGGAUGAAGCAUGAGAAAAAUUACUCAAUUUGUGGACUGGCGUGGCAUCCCAAAUAUGAGCAAAUAGCUUAUACAGAUACUGAAGGAAAUCUGGGAUUGUGGGAAGAUAUCGGUGAUGGAAAGAAACCAAGCGACAAGGUUGCCAACACUGUUACAAAAGACUAUGAAGAUCUCUUUGAUGGAGAUGACGACGACUAUUUAAAUGGAGAUAUGAUUGAACCGCAGUCUUCCCCACGCGCCGGAGCUAAUGAAGAUCAUGGUGAUGACGAUGACCUUAUGCCAACGUCAGGCCAUCCAAGACGGGCAAUAAUUGAUGAUGAUGAUAACUCAUUAGAUAUUGGAAUGAUAAAGGCUAAUUCCAAUCUACUUGAAAAGGAGGAGGAGGAGGAUGAUGAUCAGAUUGGUGGUUUUCCAGCUUUGCCAACAUCAUCUACGCAACAGCCUUUCUAUGAUGGGCCAAGGCCAACCCCCAGGCAAAAGCCAUUCCAGUCUGGCUCCACUCCUGUACAUCUCAUGCAUCGGUUCAUGGUUUGGAAUUCCGUUGGUAUCAUUCGUUGUUACAACGAUGAACAAGACAACGCUAUUGAUAUAGAAUUUCAUGAUACCUCCAUACAUCAUGCCACACACCUGCCUAACUCCCUGAAUCACACAAUGGCUGACCUCUCUACUGAAGCUAUUUUACUAGCCUGUGAGAGUACAGAGGAACUCGCAAGCAAGCUCCACUGCAUUUAUUUUAGCUCGUGGGAUGCAAACAAGGAGUGGACAGUAGAUAUGCCAAAGGAUGAAGAUAUUGAAGCUAUCUGUCUAGGUCAGGGCUGGGCUGCUUGUGCCACUAGUGCCUUGCUGGUUCGACUCUUUACAGUUGGAGGAGUUCAGAAAGAGAUAUUCUGUCUCCCAGGUCCAGUGGUGUCUAUGGCAGGACGUGGAGAGCAGCUGAUGAUUAUUUACCACAGAGGUACUGGAUUUGAUGGAGACCAGUGCCUCGGAGUGCAGCUGAUGGAGCUAGGAAAAAAGAAGAGACAAGUUUUGCAUGGAGACCCUCUUUCUCUUACAAAGAAGUCCUAUUUGGUGUGGGCUGGAUUCUCAGCGGAAGGUACCCCGUGUUACGUGGAUUCUGAGGGAAUCGUGCGGAUGUUGAACCGAGGGCUUGGGAACACUUGGAUUCCAGUGUGUAACACACGAGAGCAUUGCAAAGGCAAAUCUGAUCAUUACUGGGUCGUUGGCAUCCAUGAAAACCCCCAGCAGCUCAGGUGUAUUCCUUGCAAAGGAGCCCGAUUCCCUCCGACGCUUCCACGUCCUGCAGUGGCAAUAUUACCUUUUACACUCCCUUACUGCCAGGUUACAACAGAAAAGGGACAGAUGGAGGAACAAUACUGGCGCUCAGUUGUAUUUCACAACUAUGUGGAUUACUUAUCAAAAAAUGGCUACGAGCUUGAUGAAAAUGCUAAAAGUCAGUCCGUGAAGGAACAGCAAGAACUUCUGAUGAAACUGUUUGCCCUUUCUUGUAAACUGGAGCGUGAAUUCCGCUGCGUGGAACUUGCUGACCUCAUGACACAGAACGUUGUGAAUUUAGCCAUCAAGUAUGCGUCCCGCUCUCGAAGACUAAAUUUAGCUCAGCGACUUAGCGAGAUGGCUGUAGAGAAAGCGAGCGAAUUGGCAACAGCACUGGAAGAUGAAGAGGAGGAAGAGGAUUUCCGAACUCGCUUGAAUGCUGGUUACAGCACAUCUGCCCCAGAGUGGGGCCGGCUGCCAGGCAGAAGCGCUCAGCAGGACCAAGAGAUGGAAGAGGCUGAAGAAACCGAUGGGUCCGAGGAAGCAGGAGGAAUGCCUGAAGUGCCUAAACAGAGGCCAAAUCCUUUCUCCAAAGCAGUCUCUUCAGCAGAGGUGAUCACUCCUAAGUCUGCGAUAAUUGCAUCAAGCAGCCAAGGACGAGUGAAUCCCUUCAAGGUGUCAUCUAACAAAAAGGACCCACUAGUCCCCUCAGCAAAUGUUCUGGACACUAUGAGCAAAUACUCAAAGAAAAUUUCUAGCGGUCGAGCUGUAAAUAAGCAGAGCCCUCCAGUUAUAAAGCCUCUGGUUCCCAAACCAAAGUCCAAGCAGGCUUCAGCAGCAUCCUUCUUCCAGGUUCGUACACCUAGCUCCAGUGAAAGAAGAGAGGGAGAAAGAGAAGAAAAAGCAGGAAAUGAGCCCCCUGAGGUCCAAGCUGCUGCACAGGACAACACCGAAAACAAAAGACCAAAGACAGGUUUCCAGAUGUGGCUAGAAGAGAACAGAGCAAACAUUUUAGCAGAUAAUCCUGGUCUGAAUGAAGCAGAAGUAAUAAAAGAAGGCAUGAGUCGGUUUAGGAUUCUGUCAUCUGAAGAAAGAAUGGUGUGGACUGAGAAAGCAAAAGGAGGAACAGUAAAUGAUUCAGCAGAAGAUAAAAAACGGAAGCGUCCCACAGCUGCUGAAGAUGAGGCGACAAAGAACGAGGAGCAAAAAUCAGAGGACUCAAAUCUAUCCAAAAAAAAGAAGCCUUUAGAUCAAUCUACCAAUGUCAGAUUGUCAUCCUUUGCGUUCAAGCAGAGCUAAGUAACGUGGUACCUUCUCAGCAUCUGCUUUCUCAGUGCAGAGUUAUCCAGUGUUAUCAGAGAUUUGCCACUGUACUCCAAGAGCACUAGCAAAAAGAGAGUGCCUUGCUCCAAAUGUUUUUAGAAAGUAUUUUAUUAUCAGCUCUGUAGGGAAAUGUUGAAUCCAUUCAUCAGGUCUCUUUGCAAGUUGCUAGUGUAAAGGCUGACAGAAAAACGAAUGCUGAUGGACCUGUUACCUAGAAGUACAGUUCCACAGUUUUGUGUAGCCAUGUGUCUCUCCCUUAAUAUUUGGUGCUCAAUCUAGGUGAGUCAUUUUGGGGAGUGUAUGCUACGUACAAAAAUUGUCCUAUGGUUUUAGAGUAAUGGCUUCUGUACCAUUCCUUCUGCCUGCUGCAAACACUUGUAAGAGAAGGACAGUCUGAGGAAUGAGAAGGAGGGGAGGGCGACCACUUCACAUCCUCCUGAUGGUCAGCUGCAGUUUCAGCAUCUGAGGCAGUCACUGAGAAGCCUGACACAGGCUGGGUCAGAACACCAGAGCAGGUAGGAUGGAAGCUGAAUUAGGAAUGUUAGGUGUGCAAAAACGAGCCGUGCCAGACUAUGCAAAUGUGCAUUCCCAGUCUGUACUUCAGUGCUCAGAACUUGAAAUUGCGUGCAUUGUUUUACGUGUUUGUUUGAAAUGUGAUUGUUCCUUUCCUUUGCAGUUUUUGUAAUUAAACAGACUUUAAACAGGCAGUCAUAUUUACCCUUCUUUGGGGAAGAGGCAGUAAUGUCUAAUAGAUAUAUUUGAAACAAAUUCAAAUUUCAAAACUUAUUUUUUAAGAUAAAUUAAACCAAUUUAACAUAGCAGCCAGUUUUUUUUUCUGGCUUUGCACAUCCUUUCUUUUUGUUUUUAUUCUUCAUUUCUCUUCAUUUUAUUACUGAAAAGGUAAAUGACUCUCCACUGGGGAGACAUUUUUAACAUUGAAAUCUGUAGGUUGAAGAUCCAGAGAGAUGUUUGUACAUUGCAGAGGUGUUCUGCUGAACUCUUUUAGCAAUUGUUAUAGGUAAUUCUUGAGGAAAAAAAAAAAAACUCCUGUUUUCCCUGUGCUUAUAAAAUGGAAAGGUCAUGAUGUCAGCUGGGAUGAUAAGCACAAAUAGAGAAAAGUCUGAAGGCCUGUUAAUUUAAAUGCUUUUUUUAGAUCCACUGUUAUGAUUGUUUUGCAUGUUAUUGUUCAGUGUUGACAGUAGGCUGCAAGUAAUAAUUAAUGUAAGUGUACGUAGGGGGACUGUAUUGACACAGUGCAGAAAAUCCAGGAGAGUAGUGGAAUAUUCCACCAGUUGUCUGCAUUCUUUGGGAAGAAAUGAUGGUAUCAGUGACUGUACAGGAUGAAUAUUCUGGGCAGCGAGGCAUAUUUCAGCAUUUGGGUUUACUGAAGAAAAACAGGAUUGCAGUGGUAAGAAAAACAUCCUGAUAGAAAAUCAGUGUGAGCUCAGUGAACUGUGUAAUGUUGUUUUUCUGCUGAACUGGGUCGUUGUGAUGACGGCUUAGAGUCCUCAUCAUGGUCCUGGGAGAUGGGGUGAGUGGGAAUGGAUGACAGUUCUUUUUUUCUUAAUAUUCAAGCUGAGCUACCUGCCCAGUGUCCUUUCAUACAGGCUGAAAUACAAGAAGAAAUUAAGUCCCCUUCUGGAGUGGUUAAGCUGAGUGACUCCUCAGGGCUCCCUCACGAAGGCUGCAUCAAAUACUUGAGCAAGGGAUUUGUACCUCAAGCUCGGGACAUUGAAGUCCUUUGUAGGCUCAAAAGGUGAACUGAAAAAUCAGGUAGGUAAGAAAAGAGGCUGGAACUGGCUCAGAAAUAUACUCAGAGUGUCCCAAAUUAGAAGGAAAGAAAAUCAUUCGAAUAACUUUGAUAGAAAUCCCUCUUCGAAAAGCAGAAUAUUCUGAUUGGAUGACUUUGGGAAUGUCUGGGCAUGUAUCAUUAAGUGAAAUAUUUUGAUCUUACUCCUCCUGAGCAGGAUGCUGACUGGUAGCUUCUGAUGCAGUGGCACUGUUUUGGGGGAAAAAGAGUGAAAGAGAAACAGAACCAAGCUGGUCUGUAGAUCCAGCUGUUGAGACCCUGUCUGUCCACUAUCUCACACCUUCAAAUUACACAAAUCCAGCACAGUUCCUGCUCUACAACGGAAGCAGGUAGGUACAGCUGGUCCCACAAAGCAUCCAAAGUCCUUUUGGCUCCUAUAAGAGGGAGGAAACAUCCAAAGUAAACUUGCAGAAAAGUUUUCUGGCUGGUUUCGGAGAGCUGGAUCUUUGCAAUCACAUGGCUCUUCUGAACAAACAUGCCAAAGGUCUGUUUUGAAGGGGACUCCUGGAUUUAGUGGAUGAAUUCAUGGAAAUAACUGAGAGGACGUCAGGUUCCAUUUGCAAGUCCCCAGUUCCUGUUCGCUUUUCUCCUGGCUUAAUUUUUGCUUUAUGCUGUUUGUGGGUUUCAUCAGAUGCAAUGUCCACAGCCUGGAGGCUGCAGUCUGGAUCUCACUGCUGUGCAGGGGGCUGGAAAGAGGCAGCAGAGCUGCUUCCCACAUCACAGCUGGGAUCUCGGAGCGAGGGGGCUGGAGGUGGCGGUGUGCCCUUCUUACAGACCUCCUCCACUUUGCAAAAUGAUGGAGAGGUGCAAAGAGGAGCAGCUUUUUAACCCUGACAUUUAAUUACUAAGCACUGGUGUUGGCCACAGCGCCAAAACUAGCAGCCAGCAGCAGCACCUCCCUUGCUUCCAGGCCCCAGCUCUUCCACCAGAGCUGCACUCCGCUCCAUUGCCCGGCUGCAGGCAGAGCUGUGAGUAACCUCCCAGUGCUGGGAGCCUUCCACCUGGCUGGGCAGUGCCAAGCGGAGCCGGGUGUUCACAGAACCGUGAACCCAAACCCACCAGAAAACGCGGAAUGGAUCUUUAAGGAAAACUUAAAGCUCAACUAGCUGAUUUUCUUACAAAACAGGAUUUCAUUCCCAGCUGGGGGGCUCUGUGCUGACCCCAAGCCCGUGGUGUGGUGGUGGGAAGUGCUGCUGCAACUCAGCCCACUCCCCUAGCACCGUUACAGCUCCUUUCUGCAUCCCAGGAGCGCAGAGCAUCUCCUCUCUGCUUCUGGCUCUGCCGCGUUCUUCCGUUUCAUCGCAUUAUUUGACCUUACGUAAAAUCCCCAUUCCGAAACCUGCUGUCUUAUUUUGCACGUGGGGUAUUCUGUUAUACUUCAGCCGACUCGUGCGACGCAUCCAGCCUUGCAGGAAAGAUACAACUGCUAAAAACCAGCAGAAAAGACUCAAAGCAGUGUGUGCAGCCUGCUGCCCUUUCAAAGCAGCGAGCAUCCACCCCCCAUGCUCUGGCUCUGGAGGGCAUGGCAAGCCCUUUAUCUCUGGAAAAGAUCUAUAAAUGGACGACUUGGCGUGCUGGAGCAUUGCAGACCUGUUUGAUUUCAGAGGGAGUGCCAGGCUCACAGGAAGCCAGACAUUUAUUCUGAGAAAAGAACACUUGUACCGUAAAGCAAUAAAACGUGUGUUCACCUCCCAAAGAAUAUUUUC